CUUCGUCUGCCCCCACCCCUUUUGAUCUCGGCCCACCCGCACACCGCUGCCGCCCUGUCUUGACUGUCGUCGCUGCUGUCGUCGCUGCUGUCGUCUGUUCUGCCGUCUCCCCCUGACCACUCCCUGCAUCCUCCCCACAGCCGCCGUGCGAUCGUCGUUUCUCCCAACUCUGCCACUGCCCCCCCUCCCACUUCUGUCCUGCACCAACCGCUUCUCGCUCGCCAUCAUGACUUCUGCGUCUGAAAAGCCCUUCUCCAUCACCGCCGCCCUCAAGGUCUUGAUCGAGCAGCCUGACAAGUUUACCUCUGCUCUCGCUGCCAAAUGCGCCCGCGACAUCAUGUCUCAGAAAGCCACCCCGGCCCAGAUUGCCGCAUUCCUCAUCGGCCUGAAGGUCUCCCGCCUCGACCAAAAUCCUGACGUCAUUGCCGUUGUUGCCAACGCCAUGCGGAGUGCUGCCAUCCCCGUCGAUCUGUCGGCCAUUCCCGAGCCCAUCGUUGACAUUGUCGGAACCGGUGGCGAUGGCCAAAACACUUUCAACGUCUCGACGGCCUCGGGCAUCGUCGCCGCAGGAGCUGGUUGUCGGGUUGCCAAGCACGGUAGCCGCGCCUCGUCGUCUGCAUGUGGAUCAGCCGAUGUCCUGGAGACCCUUGGCUGCGACCUGAACAACGUCGAAGCCGAUCUCGUGCCCAGGCUCCUCCAGGACGAGUCGUCCUUUUGCUUCCUCUUUGCCCAAAAGUACCACCCCGUCAUGAAAACUGUGGCUGGUCCGCGCAAAGAGAUUGGCGUGCGAACCAUCUUCAACAUCACCGGCCCUCUCGCCAACCCAGCCAAGCCUUCCCACGCCGUCAUUGGUGUCUAUUCUCUCGAUUUUGCUCCCAUCUAUGCCGAGGCUGUUCGUCUCUCUGGAGUCAAGCGCGCCUGGAUCGUCAACGGAAACGGCUGUCUCGACGAGGUCAGUCCCGAGGGCCCCACCCACGUUUGGUCCCUGGAGAACGAUCAGAUCACAAAGUUGGUCAUCCACCCAUCUGACUUUGGCCUCGAGGAACACCCGCUCACUAGCGUCGGAGGAGGAAGCGCCGACGAGAAUGCCCAAACCAUGCGCGACCUGCUGAGCAACAAGCUCCAGGGCCCUGUCCUUGAUUUCGUCCUCAUCAACACCGCCUCGCUGCUCUAUGUCGCUGGCAAGGCCACGGAUCUCAAGGAUGGCGUGCGCCUGGCUCGCGAGAGCAUCGCAAGCGGAAAGGCUGCCGCAGCCUUCGAGCACUUCACUCGCUCCACUGUUGCCCUCUGAGCUGGACUCGACGCCCUGACGACGACCAGUUACCCCCACUUGCUCAGUGUCGUUUCGCUGCUGCUUCCAGCAUUUCCAGUCCUGGAUUUUGCUUCUGGUGACCACCCUGCUCCGGUCUGUCAAUACAUAAACCUAUACACAUCCUCAUGAAU